GGUUUCGCGCUGAUUAGCGAUUGCUUGUUAUCAAACGGAGAUUAUAAAAGUAAUGAGUAAACUGUAAAUCAUUACUCAAACUUAAAAGUAAAACAAUGGCGCCAAACGUAGCAGCACCAGCGGAACGCUAUGAAACUCCAACCUCAGGGAUCAACGCAAUUCUUCUUGGGCCACCCGGCUCGGGCAAAGGGACGCAGGCCCCUUUGUUAAAGGACAAGUUCUGUGUAUGCCAUUUGUCAACCGGCGACAUGCUUCGAGCUGAAAUUGCUUCCGGUUCAAAGCUUGGCGCGGAACUUAAAAAAGUUAUGGAUGAAGGAAAAUUGGUUUCAGACGAUCUUGUUGUAAAUAUGAUUGAUUCGAACUUGGAUAAACCAGAAUGCAGAAAUGGUUUCCUUUUAGAUGGAUUUCCACGAACCGUCGUUCAAGCUGAAAAGCUAGAUACAUUGCUAGACAAGAGGAGGACCAACUUGGAUGCUGUAAUUGAAUUUUCUAUCGACGACAACCUUUUGGUUCGCCGAAUUACAGGGCGCCUAAUUCAUCAGGCAAGUGGAAGGUCAUACCAUGAAGAAUUUGCACCACCCAAAGUAUCAAUGAAAGAUGAUGUUACGGGUGAACCUUUAAUGCGACGAAGUGAUGACAACGCUGAAGCUUUAAAAAAACGUCUUGAGUCUUACCAUAAACAGACUAAACCUCUAGUUGAUUACUAUGCUUUGAGGGGGUUGCAUUUUAAAGUUGAUGCCGCUAAAAAAGCCAGUGACGUAUUUUCGACCAUUGACUCAAUAUUCCAACGGCAACGACAUUUUAAGAUUCAAUUGUAAUAUCUAAACAUUUCUACCUGAUACUGCCUCCAGAAAUAACUAUUUAGAUUGAUAAAUAAGCAAUAAGUAAGCUUAAAGUUUGAAAAGCAGUUGCUUAUCAAUCGUCCAAAGGGAGGGGAAAGGCAUUUGGAAUGGUCUAUUGCUAUUUACCCGUGUACAGUUUUUUUACAGUUUUGUUUCUAUUGUCAUUUAAAUUAUAAAAUAUUUAAAUGUAUGAAAUCGA